CUCGCAGUUUCUCAUCGCCCCGUCCAAAACCUUCCUUCUUCCUGACUUCACACAAUCCAACCCUCCCCCAAAACCCCGAGAAGAUCGAAGAUGUUCGGCUUCGGUCACCACGGCCACCAUGGCCAGAACCCACCGGCCCACGCCCCAACUACCGCCGGCGGCCACCAGCCCACCUUCAAGAUCUUCUGCAAGGCCGACGAGGGUUACUGCCUCUCCGUCCGCGACGGCAACGUCGUCCUCGCCCCCACCAACCCCCGCGACGAGCACCAGCACUGGUUCAAGGACAUGCGCUUCAGCACCAACAUCAAGGACGAGGAGAACAACCCCGCCUUCGCGCUCGUCAACAAGGCCACUGGUCUCGCCGUGAAGCACUCCCUGGGCCAGAGCCACCCGGUGAAGCUGGUGCCGUUCAACCCGGAUUUCCAAGAUGAGUCCGUGCUGUGGACGGAGAGCGGCGACGUCGGCAAGGGCUUCCGCUGCAUCCGCAUGGUGAACAACAUCCGCCUCAACUUCGACGCCCUCAACGGCGACAAGGACCACGGCGGUGUGCACGACGGCACCACCGUUGUCCUCUGGGAGUGGGCCAAGGGCGACAACCAGAGCUGGAAGAUCCUCCCCUGGGGCGACGAGGCCUACGCCGGCGGCAGCGCCAACGCGCCCCGCGGCGGCCCCUCUGAGCCCACCGUCCGCAUCUUCUGCAAGGCUGACGAGGGCUUCAGCGCCACCGUCCGCAACGGCACCGUCUGCCUCGCGCCCACCAACCCCCGCGACGACCACCAGCACUGGAUCAAGGACAUGAGGCACAGCAACCGCAUCAAGGACGAGGAAGGCUACCCCGCCUUCGCCCUCGUCAACAAGGUCACUGGCGAGGCCAUCAAGCACUCCCAGGGGGAGGGUCACCCUGUGAAGCUGGUGCCGUACAACCCGAACUACCAGGACGAGUCGGUGCUGUGGACCGAGAGCCGCGACGUGGGUGCCGGCUUCCGGUGCAUCCGCAUGGUGAACAACAUCUACCUCAACUUCGACGCCCUCCACGGCGACAAGGACCACGGCGGCGUGCGCGACGGCACCUCCCUCGUGCUCUGGAAGUGGUGCGAGGGCGACAACCAGCGCUGGAAGAUCCUCCCCUGGUAAACGUGUCGCUGCAUUGGUCACCACCGUGAUCUGGAUGGAGUUGGUAGAGAUCAGCCUACGAUCUGCUGCCGUGUCGCUAGAAUAAAAGUCCCGAUCGAUCAGCGGUGGCGGCGGUCUGUCCGUGUCUGCGUGUGAUUUAGUUUCAGUCUUUGUCGUCGAGUCCUGCUUUCUGUGAGAGAAAGGAGAGAGGAGUUGUGUGUUUCGGUGAGCUCUCUGCUGUGAGCAUUUGGCAUUUGUACUGCUUGUUCUUCGGAACCCGGAUCCGUGAUGAGUGCCAUCCUUUCAUCUAUGCGAAUGGUCUUUGUCAUGUGUUUCCUUUUCCUAAA